UUUCAUUCUGAACCGGCCCAUUAACUCAGAAUCAACAAAUGGAAGUGCUGUCUCAUUGCUCUCGUUUCACAAUCAAGAAAUUGGAACUCCUCUUGCCGGAAAACACAGCCACAUUGGUCGUCGCAGAAGAAGAAGGCGCCGUCGGAAACUGUGAGAAACUUCUAGUCUCCCAUAAAAGAAGAUGCCUCUGGGGCUGAUUUUAGGAAUAGGAAGGACAUUUCGAAGGAAGCGAACAUCGUCACUUGAUAUUCUAUCACCAAAACGUGCUCCUCGGGGUUUUUACAAGGGAAAGAACUGCCAGCCCACUGGUUUCCACACUCGCAAAGGUGGGUAUGUGGUAUUGCAGGAAAAAUUACCAAACUAUGUAGUUCCUGAUUUGACUGGUUUUAAGCUCAAACCAUACGUAUCCCAGUGUCCCUUAGAAGCGAACACUGCCGAGGCUUCUCAAACGGCUAAAUAAUCAAAUUUAGUACUUUAUAUCCAUGAAUAAUUUGCCGGGUUGAAUGCGUAACAUGAUGGUUUGGACUAUUCUAAUGUUUCUUUUCAAUCAUUCGUGUUGGAAGUGGAAUACUAAAUAGACUUCAAAACGAAUUUGGAAGUAACUGUCAAUUAUGAACUAAUUUGCUGGUUUGGGAUGGCACAUUUCGAAGAAUUCUAACUCUUUUAUCUUAGGAAGAGAGCUAUUAUGAUUAUAUUUGUCAUCAAACCAAUGUUGUCAAUUGCGUAUAACAAAAUAGUGGUUUUUUCAAAUUACACUAUGCAAAAGUGCUAUAGUGCAAGAUAACUCGUAUUUGACAAUAUUUUGUAUUAAUAUAGUGUAUUGUGAAACAAUAACAGCAUGUUCAAAUUAUGUUAUGCUAUAGCAUUAUUGUGAAGUUAUAGCUGCUAUUUAACAACACUUAUCAUACAUCAUUUAUAUAAAUUUGUAAUAUUUGGCA